AUAAAAACAAGGUAGUAUAUUCGACAUUAGAGGGAACAACAACGAUGUAGAGCCACACGACGGAACAACACGACGCAACGGCCAACGGGACUCUUGCACGGUGGUUUCCGGCGGAAAAGAGAUGGCAAAAGCGAGAGACAGAACCGAAGAUUUCAAAGAUGCAGUGCGCCAGAGUGCUCGCUCUCUCGGCUACGAUGAGGCUAAGUUGGCUUCAAUUUUGGCAUCUUUCAUCAUUCAUAAACCUCCGCAAAGGUCUCCAUUUUACAAAGCUGCAUUAAAGACGCUUGAGAGUAUUGGAGAAUUGGAACAGUUUCUGUUGAAGCAUAGAAAGGACUAUACAGAUCUUCACCGCACAACUGAACAAGAGAGAGAUAGCAUUGAGCAAGAAGUUAGUGCUUUUAUUAAAACAUGCCAAGAACAAAUCGAUGUUCUUAAGAAUAGUAUAAAUAAUGUAGAGGAAAAUUCAAAAGGUUGGCUUGGUAUUGCGACCGCAAAGGCUAAUGCCGACACCAUUGCCCACAAACAUGGAGUGGUUCUAAUUUUAAGUGAGAGACUCCAUCCAGUUACAGCACAGUUUGAUCAGCUCAGAGCUGUACGCUUCCAGGAUGCUAUUAAUAGAGCGACACCACGAAGAAAACUUAGUCGUGUGACCCGGAAAGAUUCUACUGAAUCAGGUGAUAUGGAGCUCAGAGAACCUGAUGAGUUACGCAGCGAGCCUUUAAGAGUCCAGCAGCAACUCUUGGAUGAUGAAACACGUGUCCUUCAGGUUGAAUUGACUAAUCUUCUAGACACAGUCCAAGAAACUGAAACGAAGAUGGUGGAAAUGUCUGCAUUAAAUCACCUCAUGUCUACACAUGUUCUGCAGCAAGCUCAUCAAAUUGAGUAUCUGUAUGAGCAGGCUGUUGAAGCUACUAAGAAUGUAGAGUUUGGUAACAAAGAACUAUCACAAGCCAUUCAGCGUAAUAGCAGCAGCAGGACAUUUCUUUUACUCUUUCUAUUUGUGCUUACUUUUUCGAUCAUCUUUCUUGAUUGGUAUAGUUAAGUGUUUCCGCCUUUCCGGUUUGCUUCUAACGAUGUAUAUCCCGUUUUUACCUAUUACUGUUAAUAACUGUUUUACCGCUUGGAAAGCAUUUUUUCUUUAAUACCACACACUGUUAUUUAGUCGA